AGUACGGCUCGCUUCACAACACAUUUUCAAAACACGUUUAUCAGUAAUGCUACGCGCAUUACAGAAAAGAGUGCUAAAAUGAUCGCAAAUACGUUCACAAAGUAUACUAAAUAUACUUCGGAAGAGCUGGAAUCGUACGUGGCCGAUUCCAAUGCAUGUGUUCAAAAAUUGGAAUGGACAAACAUUGUUUCUGUGCUACCGAAAUACCUCGGUAAUAUCUGCGAAGGUGUGAGGGCAUGCUUGACCCUGAAGAUCGGCAAGUAUGACCGGAAGGUGGACGGAAUUAUUCUGGCGUUCAAAAACACCAAGAUACUCAGCCCUUUGUCUGCCAUACGUCCCAAUGGAGUCCGGGUUCACGUCAAGGUAUCAUCGCACUUCUACGUGUUUCGUCCCUUAUGUGGUGCCACGAUCGAAGGCACUAUCAAGUAUGUGUCGAAGAAUUACCUCAGCGCGGUCGUCUAUCGGGUCUUUAAUGUUACUAUCCGGGUGCGCAAGGAGAAACUGCAGGAGAUGAAGCAGGGAAGGGUGAUCAGUUUUUUAGUGAAAUCCUUCGACAUUAAGUGCGACCUACCAUUUAUUGAAGGAGAACUUAUUUCUUCUAUAACUGAUGAGCCAGAUGGGCAAUUGGAGUACGCUGGAGAAUGUGUGAUAAAGAAGGAAAAAUCAAAGACAAUAAAAUCGGAACCCUCGGAUUCUGAAGAUGAAGUCACAGAAAAGAUGAAAGGAAAUAGGAUAGCCAAACGAGAAUCUAAUUCAGUUCCACCUGAAAAUUUGAACAAUCCAAUUCCUGCCGGCGAAGAUUAUGAGUCUGACACGGAUAUCAAAUACUCAAUGAAACAUAUUUUGAGUAAUCUUGAAAAGGAAUUGAGUGAUGCCGCCGAUUCUGCUUCGGAAAAGAAUGCGUCAAAAAGUAAAAUGCAAGCUAAUUCGGUUGCACUGCACAAGAAGAUGAAAGUGAAAACAGAAAGUGUUGCUUCACAUAAGAAAAAAAGUAAACUAAAAUCUGUAACAAAUCGAGGCGCCCUGUCCGAUGAUGAGAUCAAGCAUUCAAUGAGAACUAUUUUGAGCAAUCUUGAAAAAGAACUUAGCGACGCUGCGGAUUCUGCUUCAGAAAAAGUUGUAACAAACAGUCGAGUACAGCCUGACUCUGUCGAAGGAAGUGAAACGGUGAAACGGAAAAAAGAUAACUCCGACAAUAAAGGAAAGUUAAAAAAAGUUAAAGAGAAUGGACAUGCCUUGAAAACCAAUACCAGAAAAUCGACUGACAAAGACAUGGAUGAUACUAUAAAUGCCAUUCUGAAUAACCUGGAAAAGGAAAUGAGCGACGUCGCUGAUUCGGAUUAUGGUUCGUCUAAACAAUCGGAGUUCGAAGCAACAACGUCGUCUUCCGGCACUAAUACGAGUCGCAGUACUAAGCAUGAACAGAAAAGCGACGUAACUAUCGGCACUCCGAAGAAAGCGAAUAAACGAAAUCACGCCAUACUUAAUGGACACUCCUCUGCUCAGAAUGAUAUGGAAAGCUCGAUCCAGGCGCUUUUAAAUGGCAUGCAAAGGGAAAUAAGUGACGUAGCGGAUUCAGAUCGUAAUCUGUUCGUAACUAAUAACUCAAAAUCGAAAACGCCACGACCCACCAAACCGUCAUCAGGUAAAAAGAAGAAAAAGAAGCUCGACAUCGAUUCUCUGGAGAAGCAACUUUUCUUGAAAAUGGCAGCGGAAUACGGCGAAAAGGAAACCAGCGAGCCUGCGGCAGCAUCAUCAGAAGUGCCGCACGAGAAGAAGAAAAAGAAGAAGAAGGCAUCGGAAGCGGAUGACUUCGAGUCUUCGAUUAUGUCUUCCAUCCUCAAGUGUGCUGCCCUCGUCGGCGAGGACGAACCGAAGAGCAGUCCUGCUUCGUCUCCUUCGAAGAAAGCGACUCGUAAGUCGGUUAGAUUCGACAACACAAUCACCGAAGCUUCGUUCAAUGCUUUUGACUCGUCGGACCUGUUGGAGAUAUCGCAGCUUCGAUCACCUACAUUGUCGUCUACGUUGAGGGGAAACUAGAAGAUGGUAACAUUUUCUAUUGAUGCAGUCAUCGUUUAUCAAAGCAGUGAAAAUUAUGUUAGCACAUUUUAGAUUAAAUGGAUCUGUUGAGAUAGUAAUAAAAAGUACAACCCCACGUUUUAUUAUUUCAAAUGUACCGAAGAAUAAUAUUGUGUCUUUGUCAUAUUUACAAAUAAAGGUACAAGGUGCAAUUUAAUGUAAAAUGUGUAAUAGACAAAUAAAAGCAAAAUCCUUAUGUUUGUCAUUA